GUCCCGGCACGACUUAGUUCGCCUAACAGCUGGGCAGGUUAAGGGCCCGGUCCGACUGUCAGUCUAGCUAUCUUUGAAUCAGCUCCUUGCGCAGAACAAGCUGCGCUGGAAACUUUGAUGGCCCUGUCCGCCUCUGCCUACUUUGCCCUUCCUCAGCUCCUGGCUUCUCGUCCGAGAUUGUACUAAGUUCCAAACUAAGCUGGCACUUGGAAAAUUUUCACCUCGUGGAAAACAUUUCAGUCUAAAUCUUCCUCUACACCUCAUCAAAUCAUCUUUCAACUCAACAGAAGAACAGGAUGGAAGUAGAUGAUUUGUCCUCCCCUGUAACCAAUGGUAUGAACGGGCAUUGCAACGGAAAUGGAGAUAUUAAAAGCAAAAACAGAGAAUCAUCUGAGGAGAGGAGAGUAAGGAAGGAGAAGGAAAGGAAAGCACGGGAAAAUGAAACUGAAGAAGAAAGAAGAAUAAGAAAGGAGAAGGAGCGACGAGAAAGUAAACCGAAAGAGACCGAGGAGGAGAGGGCAGCAAGAAAGGAACGAGAAAGGAAGGAACGGGACGGAAAGGAGCGAAGGAAGGAGACUGAAGAGGAACGUGCUGCAAGAAAGGAAAAGGAACGUAAAGAGAGAGAAGAACGUUCUAAAAACGAAACUGAGGAAGAAAGAAAGAUUAGAAAGGAAAGAGAGAGAAAAGAAUAUGAGGAAAGAAAGAAAAGGGAAAAGAAAUCUGAAACUGAGGAGGAACGAGCUGCUCGAAAGGAGAGAGAACGAAAGGAAGGAAAAGAGAAAAGAAAAGAAACUGAAGAAGAAAGAGCCGCCCGUAAAGAAAAGGAAAGAAAAGAAAAAAGCAAAAAUGAAACUGAAGAGGAAAGAAGAAUCCGUAAGGAGAAGGAAAGAAAGGAAAAGAAGAACGAGACAGAGGAAGAACGUGCAGCAAGGAAGGAACGUGAAAGACAGGAAAGGAAGGAGAAGGAACGAAAAGAAAAGUCUUCUCCUAAGAAAGAAGUUAAGGAUGAGCCUAUGGAGCUCGGGGAUGAUUAUUUCGAGCAGGAGGAGGCUAGGCUGAAGGGUAAAGGAAAAAAUGAUGAAGAAGAUGAAGACGUUAAACCUGAUAUCAAGGAGGAGGAAGAGGAAGAUUUUAAACCUGAAGUGAAUGGCGAAGAGUCCGAUGAAGAUGUUCCCCUGGCCCGGAGGAAACCAUCCAAGAAUAAGAAAAGGAAAGUUGAGAGUGAGGAAGAUUCUGAAGACGAACCCAUCUCUAAAAAGAAAGCCAAGGCUAAGAAACAGCAGAAGAGUAAAUCUUACGAAGAUGAGGAAGAAGAAGAAGAUUUCAAGCCGGCGAAGAAGAAGGCUAAGGUUGAGAAGAAGACUACCACUAACGGAAGUCCCACCAAGAAAAUGACUAAAAAGGAGAAAGAAUUGGAAGAAGAGAAGAAGGUUUGGAGAUGGUGGGAGGAGAAUGAACAGCUCCCUGAAGGUGUAAAGUGGAGAUUCCUGGAGCACAAGGGUCCUCUGUUUGCCCCGGAGUAUGAACUUCUUCCUGAUAAUGUCAGAUUCUGGUAUGAUGGCAAGGUGAUGCGGCUGUCCCAGGAUACCGAAGAGGUUGCAACAUUCUACGGACGAAUGUUGGACCAUGACUACACAACCAAGGAGGUGUUUAACAAGAACUUCUUCAAGGACUGGAGAAAGAUAAUGAAUGACAAGGAGAAAGAUGUCAUCAG